CUUUUCACCCAUCUCUUUGGGUCAAUAUAUGUAUCAUAGUGCACAAUUUCAUUUCGUUAAACAAAAAACAAAUCUGGUUUGCACCAGGCAUGCAGGUCAUAGAACCAAAGCAUUUUCUGUAUAUGGAUUACAGAUUACUUGUGUUCAGAAGCAUUUUAGCGAACUUUAAAUUCCGCAUACGCUCUAGCGUGUUAUCUGGAUGGAACGGUCCAACCGGGAACGUGUUGCACUUUUGCGAACGAUUACGAGUGUACAGAUCGGAACUAAGUUGAAGAAAAAUAUUCAGAAGAAAACCGCAAAAUCGUAGGUCACCAAGUACUGUUCUAUCUGUCAUACGUCAUACUAAUUACGUUUUUAAUAUUUGUCGUCCACUAAUUCAUUUUUAAACUAAAAUAUGACAAAUAAAAAAGAACGGAAGAAAUAUAUGUUAAUUGCUGAUUGGAUAUAAUACUUUGGGUAUAUGUUGCAGCUGCUUUUUCUUCAGGUGUUGGAUACAAGGAGCUACAAACUGAGUUAGUUUGCAUCCGGCUUCGGAUAUUUCAAAUUUGAAUUAGAAGUCACUCGAAUAAUAGAAAACAGUGAAUGCAAAAAAUAAUAUUCGCAUUAUUGAGUAUAAGUUGAGGUCUUAUUUAGGAACAAAACAGAAAUUUCGAACAUCAUAUUCACGAAACAUGAUCACGAAUUUGUAAUGUAACUGUUUCUAAUUUGUAUAAAACACAAACGAAGUAAAAAAUUAUAAAAUUUGUCGAGAUGUCAUGAUAUCAUAUGUAGAGACUGUGAUAAAAGUUUGGCAAUGUUUUACGUGAAGGAUGACAUGUCUUUUCAUAUUUCACCUGGCCACUUGGGAGUUAGGACACUUGUGAUCUUUCAUUAGUUUAGCUUAAUUAAGAUAAACCCACUAAUGUGAAGAUCAAGAUGUCUCUUGUAUUUAUCACUAUAUAAUAUUUGCUGCUGAACUCUCGAGAUAAUUGGUAUAUUUUGAUAUCAAUGGCUAGAUUAUAUUGGAAUUUUACAUUUCAUGACUAGACUAGAUCUGAUGUCUCUUUUCUCAGGUACCAUAUGCUAUGGAUUAUCUUCUAGCUGACUUCAACAUCUGCAUGGUGUAAUAGUCUUCAGUCCGGGCCCCACCGGCCUCCCGUUGCACCAAUUGCAAACGCAACGGGGAUAACGCUCCACAGCUACAACCGCGGCGGGACCUUCCUCUGGCCUGGAACUGGAAGCAAGCACAUCAACAACAAAAAAUGGCAGCGCCACCUCUCGGCCUCGCUUGCAGGGUCGCCGGCGCCUUCACCACCCCGGCCGUGGCGCAUUCCGGCUUCCUCCCCCGACACCUUGCCCGUGGUCUCCUCCCUUCAAAGAGAUGGAGCGGGGUGGUGAGGAUGGGGGCGGUGGUCGGAGGAGGAAAGGAGGGGGAAGAGGACGAGGAGCUGAGACAGACCAAGGAGCAGGCUGCCGCCAGGAGGCGGUGGGAGGCCCUGCAAUGGAGAUACUGGGAAUGGUGAAACGGAAGAAGCAGGAGAAGACAACGUGAAGCAGAGGCUUUCCAAGCGUACACGCAGGCCAAAUGUGCUUGUUACUGGGCCAAUGUGGGCCAAAUAGGCUGCUAGACGUUGGCUAAGACCUAUUAUAUAUGCUGCUCUAUUGUAAUGUGGGAUGAACUUUUGGAAGAAAAUACUACUGAAUAUACGAGACGCCGUCUGGCUCUCGUGUCCCUCCGUAUUCCCUCUUGUUCUUCCCCUUGCACAUGCUAUAACAAUCCGAUCCCCUUCCCUGAUCUUAACAUCUGGUAUCAGAGCCUACACCCUGGAUCUCACGGUUCCGAUUCCGCGUCGACCACGUUCAGCCGCCAUGGCACCAGCCGAGACCUCCGUCUCCAAGGUGCUGGAGGAGUUGCAGCAAAUGGAAAUCCGUCUGACGAGCGCCAUCGAAGGGCGUUGUGGCCUUCUCGAGCGCAACUUCGACGAUCGCUGCGUCGCCCUCGGUCGCCACCUCGAGCAAUGCUACGACGACCUCGCGCACCGCGUCGACGACGCGGAACAACGUGCGACCGCGCGUUUCAUCACUGUCGAGAUGGCACAAGCAGAGUUCGAGCAGUGGACUCCCACAAUUGAGAAGCGCGUCGCCGAUCUGUCCUUGGAGGUGACACGGGCUACGCGAUUCCUCGAACGCGAGCACCGGACUCCCGCUUUCCACCAGCCGGGUCUCUUCGGCCAACAUGAGUCGGCCGCCGGGCGCCCACCUCACGGAAUCAAUGCCGACGGGCCGUUAGGCCACCGCGACAACAAACAUCACCGGGAUCGCGAGUUUGGGUUCCGAUCCCAAACGCGUGACCCGGUCAAGGGUACGAACCAUUCCCCACCACUUAACUCAGAUCAGUUCUACUCCAAUGAAUUCCAUGAGCAGCAUCGGGGGGGUUUUGGUCGAUUACCUAUGAUUAAUUUUCCUCGAUUUGACGGUAACCAACCACAGCUAUGGAAAUCCAAAUGUGAAAGCUAUUUUGAUAUGUAUGAGGUCCAUUACAGUGUCUGGGUGCGGGUGGCGAUUAUGCAUUUUGAUGGUCGCGCAUCCCGUUGGUUACAGUCUGUGGAACGUAGGAUUCGUCAACUGUCAUGGCUCGAAUUUUGCUCACUUGUCCAUGACCGCUUUGGUCGUGAGCAACACGAGUCCUUAAUUCGCCAAUUAUUUCAUAUCAAGCAACUUGGUUCGGUAGCAGACUAUGUCGAACAAUUUUCGUCUCUGGUUGAUGAGUUGGCUGCUUAUGAAUCUAGAACAGAUCCCUUGUAUUACACCAUGCGAUUUAUUGAUGGGUUACGUUCAGACAUUAAACCAGUGGUCAUGGUUCAGCGUCCUUCCGAUCUAGACACUGCCUGUGCGCUUGCUUUGGUGCAGGAGGAAGCGGCUGAUGCUACACGCCCUCGACGACAUGAGCCAUCGUUCCACCGGACGGCUCACAGGACUUAUCAAUCAUCCUCUGAUGACAUCAAGCAUGAGGGAGCUUCUUCAGAUGCUAAGUCUGGCCAUAUGAGUAAACCCACAUCUCAAGGUGAUAAACUGGCAUCUCUGCGAAGUUAUAGAAGAGCAAGGGGCUUGUGUGAUAGGUGUGCUGAGAAGUGGUCAUAUGGACACAAAUGUGCUUCUUCGGUUCAGUUACAUGCUCUCGAAGAAGUACUGGAAUUAAUCAGUAACCACAGUGACUCAGAACAUCAAGAAACUGAACCUCCACAUAUCAUGAUGGCUCUUUCCCAGGCUGCCUGGUCAGGUGCUGCUGGACACCACACAUUGAAGUUCAGAGGCUCGAUUCAGUCUAUACCUCUACUCAUCUUAGUGGACUCAGGUAGCUCCCAUACUUUCCUCAGCUCCAUAUUAUUGUCCUCUCUGCAAGGAAUUUCAGAUAUGCCACGACCAAUGUCAGUUCAAGUGGCAAAUGGGGAGGUUCUCUCUUGUCAACACCAAUUAUUGCAAAUGGAGUGGUUUAUCCAGGAUUAUAGUUUUGUCUCGGAUAUCGUGUUGUUACCAUUAUCCAAAUAUGAUUUAGUAGUGGGAAUGGAUUGGUUGGAGACCUUUAGUCCUAUGAAAGUUGAUUGGGCUAGUAAAUGGAUGGCCAUUCCGUACAAGGGCACUACUGUUCUAUUACAUGGGCUACCAUCUGCAGUUCCAGCUGGCACUACUGUUCAAGUCAUGUUAUUGUCAUCGCCAUCUGUCGACACUCAACCUUCGGUUGCUACAAACCCUAUGCCACCUGCCAUUGUUCAAAUUUUGGAAGACUUUACUGCAGUCUUUGCUGAUCCGGUGGGUUUACCUCCUAGCCGUGACUGUGACCAUGCAAUUCCGCUCAUUCAAGGUGCUCAGCCAUUUUCAGUAAGACCAUAUCGGUACCCACCAGUUUUGAAAGAUGAAAUCGAACGUCAAGUGGCUGAUAUGCUGUCUCAGGGAGUGAUACAGAAGAGCCAAAGCCCAUUCGCUUCUCCGGUGCUGCUAGUUAAGAAGAAAGAUGGGACAUGGCGUUUUUGCGUGGACUAUCGCCAUCUUAAUGCCUUAACUCUGAAAAGCAAGUAUCCAGUACCAAUUUUCGAUCAGUUGAUGGAUGAGUUAACUCAUGCUCGGUGGUUUAGCAAAUUGGACCUCAAAGCUGGCUACCAUCAAAUCCUUUUGCAGCAAGGCGAGGAGUAUAAAACAGCCUUUCAGACCCACACAGGACACUUCGAGUUCCGAGUCAUGGCAUUUGGUCUCUCGGGCGCACCCAACACAUUUUUAAGAGCAAUGAACGAGACCUUGGCCCCAGUUCUAAGGAAAUCAGCACUGGUUUUCUUCGAUGACAUACUUAUAUAUAGUUCUACUUUUGAUGAACACUUGCAACACCUGAGACAAACUCUCCAGCUACUGCAAAAGGACCAGUGGAAGGUGAAACUUUCCAAGUGUGAAUUUGCCAAAACUGAAAUUUCAUAUCUGGGCCAUGUCAUUAGCCAUGAGGGAAUUGCAACAGACUCUUCUAAAAUCACGGCUAUUUCCAACUGGCAAACACCAACAUCAGUUAAAGAACUACGCAGUUUCUUGGGACUCGCUGGGUUUUACAGAAAAUUCGUUAGACAUUUCGGUAUUAUCAGUCGACCAUUGUUUGAUCUUCUCAAAAAACACACACUGUUCAUAUGGACAACUGACCACCAGCAAGCUUUUGACACCCUGAAACAAGCCCUGAUAUCUGCCCCAGUUUUAGCCCUACCGGACUUCAACUUGCCCUUUGCGAUUUGCACAGAUGCUUGUACAAACGGUGUAGGUGCAGUGCUCAUGCAAAAUGGUCAUCCACUGGCAUAUUUAAGUCGACCACUGGGACCAAAGACACAAGGCCUUUCCAUUUAUGAAAAAGAAUACAUGGCAAUUGUCUUGGCAGUAGCUCAUUGGAGAUCCUAUUUGCAACUCGCUGAAUUUCUUAUUUUCACAGAUCAUAAGAGUUUGACUCAACUUAAUGAGCAGAGGCUGCAUACCCUAUGGCAACAGAAGGCUUACUCCAAGUUGGCUGGUCUACAAUACAAAAUCAUCUACAAGAAAGGCUCUGAUAAUGCUGCUGCAGAUGCUCUCUCCCGUCGGUCUCAUUCAGCAGAAUGUUUAACCUUGUCUCAGUGCACACCUACUUGGGUUCAAGAGGUUAUACAGGGAUAUGCUACAGACCCCACUGCUCAAGAGUUGUUGUCCAAAUUGGCUCUUCAAACUGGCCAAUCCACCAAUUAUUCAUUGAAGGAUGGUCUGAUCAGAUAUAAAGGUCGAGUGUGGCUGGGAAAUAAUCGAGUGAUGCAGAAUAAAGUCAUCGAUGCCCUUCAUGCCUCAGCCAUAGGCGGACACUCUGGAGUACCUGUAACCUACAGCCGGCUGAAACAACUCUUCUACUGGCCUGGCAUCAAACAAGCAGUGCACAACUAUGUCAAAGCAUGCCAAAUCUGUCAGCAGGCAAAACCUGAGAGGACCAAAUACCCAGGUCUCCUUAUGCCACUUCCCAUUCCACCGCACGCUUGGCACACUGUCUCCAUGGAUUUUAUCGAGGGACUGCCAUUGUCCACCACUUACAACUGCAUUAUGGUCAUUGUAGAUAAAUGGUCCAAAUAUAGUCAUUUUGUGCCCCUGGCUCACCCCUUCACCGCAGCAAAAGUGGCCAAACUUUUUCUCGACAACAUUUACAAGUUACAUGGUCUUCCAUCAGUGAUAGUUUCCGACCGUGACAAGAUAUUCACCAGCUCCUUCUGGCAGCAACUCUUUCAGUUAACUGACACCAAGCUGAGUAUGUCCUCGGCUUACCACCCACAGUCCGAUGGUCAAACGGAGCGAGUGAAUCAGUGUUUGGAGACCUUCCUUCGAUGUUUUGUCCAUGCGUGUCCAAAGAAAUGGUCUCUAUGGCUCUCAGUUGCCGAAUUUUGGUACAACACUUGCACCCACACAGCCCUGGGCAGAUCACCGUUUGAAGUCAUGUAUGGAUAUCCACCACGCCACUUCGGUAUCACCACUCAAACAGCUAUCUCAGUACCUGAUCUAGCAUCUUGGAUUCAGGAGCGCGAGUUGAUGCAAAAGCUAAUCAAACAGCAUCUACUCCGGGCUCAAGACCGCAUGAAGAAGCAGGCUGAUAAGAAUCGCUCGGAGCGAGUGUUUGCUGUCAACGAUUGGGUAUUCUUGAAGCUCCAACCGUAUGUUCAGACGUCAGUGGCUACACGUGCUCAUCAUAAAUUGUCAUUCAAAUUUUUUGGACCCUACAAAAUCAUCGAGAAAAUCAGCCCUGUUGCCUACAAGCUCCAGCUGCCAGCAGACUCAGCCAUCCACCCUGUGUUCCAUGUCUCACAACUCAAAGCAGCAAUUGGAGCCACCCAGAUUCCUAUACCAUCGCUCCCAAAUGAAGCUGAUCACCUGCAGAUACCUGUCCGCAUCCUUAAACGACGACUGGUACAGAGAGGUGGCGCAAUGGUGGCACAGGUCAAGGUGGUUUGGUCUGGGAUGGAUGCAGCGUUGGCGACUUGGGAAGACGCUACUGCUCUCCGUGAUCGUUUUCCACGAGCACCUGCUUGGGGACAAGCAGGUCCUGAAGCCCCGGCGGAUGUCAGCAAUGGAGAUACUGGGAAUGGUGAAACGGAAGAAGCAGGAGAAGACAACGUGAAGCAGAGGCUUUCCAAGCGUACACGCAGGCCAAAUGUGCUUGUUACUGGGCCAAUGUGGGCCAAAUAGGCUGCUAGACGUUGGCUAAGACCUAUUAUAUAUGCUGCUCUAUUGUAAUGUGGGAUGAACUUUUGGAAGAAAAUACUACUGAAUAUACGAGACGCCGUCUGGCUCUCGUGUCCCUCCGUA